GAAGGUCUUGGUCUUUUGACAGUUUGACAGUUCAAUGUCUGAAAGUGGUUGAGUGGAAUGAUGGUCUCUGGCGUUGACAACAGCAGUGGAUAUACCCCUCCAUAACCUCAACGUCAUUGUCGAUCGGUUUGUUUAUCACCCAGGAGGAUGCCAGGAGUGCCUUCGAAUAAAGCAUGCGAGCGAUGUAAGAAGAGGCAUCUCAAGUGUGAUGAAGCUCGUCCAAGCUGUCAGCGCUGCGUCAAUGCGGGCGUAGAAUGCCCGGGCUAUGUCCAGACACGCAAAUUCAUUGACCAAGGUGCUACGAUAAGGCGUCGAUAUGCUCCAUAUCAAGAAUAUCAUCCAAGAUCCGGCGCCCAUAAAGAAAACGAUGUCCCAGCAGAAAACCCAAUACAGGAACAGAUGCCAGUCGACCAACACGGAAAUGAUCUACAGACAAUAACCCCGGUGACUGAAGUGCACCGGGACGAGGGCCGUGACUCGGAUGCCUCACAAGGGGCACAGGGCACUCCCGAUGCGUCAAGACAGGGAAUCGUGCAAGAUCCCCAAAUCCAAACUGGGGUAGCAGUUAUGCCCAGCCGUCCAGCUGUGAAUAUUCCAAACAUCGAUCAAAGUAUCCUGAACACAGACUUCUCUCCUGCUGGGCAAGAGCUUAAUGCGAGGAGCCUGCUUGAAAACCCGAAUUUGCCCACUAGUGGGUCCUCUCAUCCUUCAAACACUCCGGAUACAGACUUCAGCCAGGCACAUCGCGGUCCAAGUUCAGAAAUGCAUGAGAAUUCGACUCAGAACGAUGCGGAAGAAUUCAGCGACGUAUUUUCUGAGCUCAUGACAGGAACGGAACACGAGGUUGCGUUUCUUACCAGAUACUUCUCGGAGUACCUGGGUCCUUGGCUGGACUUAUCGGAUUCAUCCAAAUUCUUCACUGUCUACGCACCCAUUCGUGCACUCAACAAAUACUUCUUGAAGUAUUCCAUGGCAGCUCUUGCGGCAAAGCAUCUGGGUAAAAUGAAAGGACAGAGACCCGCGGCUGGAGGGAUAUUCACAAGCCCAGCAACCAUGGAGAUCUACCCGAAUGCAGCACAGACAGAUUGGACUCUCAAAGGAGCAAAUUAUUAUUACCUUGCAUUUGCCUACAUGAGACAUUCAAUCACCGUCAGCUAUGCCGCACCGUCCAGCUCUGCGAUUUUGGAAUCUCCCAUUGAGAUGGUUAAUGGGUACUUGGGUCAGCAACCAGGGUUCGCGCGCAUGGAUAUAUCCGAUUCAGAUACUUUCUUACGCGAUGUUGAAGGGCUGCUGGCCACCUGUGUAAUUCUUACCGUGUAUCGACUCUUGGAUGUGCCUGGGGACGACUGGCAAACGCACCUUGCUGGUAUCGAAUCUUUGUUUGAUUUGCUACUCCAGUUACAUACGACUUCGCCCGCAUUGCCCCCAACGUUCUCGCAAGGCGAGAGAGCUGCAUUUUGGAACUUCGCCCGCCAGGACUACCUAGCAUCGUACUUUAACCGCAUCCCAACACAUUUCAAGCAUAGUAAUCUAUCACUAUGGAAGACUGCCGGAAUCCGGGCCAACGAGCUGGAACCACUCGAUGACACCCUCCAUCUCACCCAAGAAGACUUGGCAGCCAACACACUAAUCUGGCUCAUGAACAAAAUGGUCAAUUUCUUGGCAGAUUACCGCCGCUCCCAGCUCGCCCAAUGGACCGAGUCUGACGAGCAUGUCCAGCCCUCAACAACGACGUGGCUAAAUCUCUGCUUCGAGUUCCAAAGCUGGUUCGAGAAAAUCCCCGAGACAUUCCGGCCAAGCCUGCGCAUCGAAAGGCCACGGGAUAUGUCAAAUCUGUCGGAGAUCAGCUACUUCCCGUUCCCGGAGAUCUUCUUUAGUUUGACGUCUUGCGCCGCGGCAAUGCAGCAUUAUCACUUUGGGCGGCUGGGGCUGUUACUAAACCGGCCACCGGAUGUCAUGAGUGCACCCGGUACGGCGUUUGACCGGCUUGCGUCGUUGCGGGAGGUGACCAAGGAGGUGGACUACCGAUGUCGGGAGAUAUGUGGGAUUGCGUUGAGUCGGCCACAUGGCGAGGUGCGUAUUUACAUGGUUCCGUUGCUGUUUGCUGUGGGGCAAUGUUUUGAGACACCAGAAACAAGGCAGGUCAUUGUUGAUUUGUUACGAGGCGUGGAGGCAGACCUGGGCUGGGUGACGGGGUCCACGGUGGAGAAUUUACAGGUGGUAUGGAGUCAGCAGUCAUAAUAAUGUUUGAAACUAGCCCCAGGUGGAUAGUCACAUGAGGAUCUGAGGGAUUAAUUAAUGUAUUUUAAUGUAUUAUGAUCCACGCCAAGAACUCAAUUGCCAACACAUGACCCAAAAUCAGAGUCUGGAUACUCUUUCUCUUUGGGGUAAGAGCUUUGACUCUCGAAAGGAGCAGAUUGUCGAUGCUGCUGCUGCUGCUGCUGCGUUUGAGCGCCAAUGAAGACUGCUG